AUGUCGGGAUUCGAUGACUCGUUCAGUACCCCAGAUACCCACGUAUCCUUCACCCCUCCGGCAGCUUUGAUAUCGGGGUUCUCUAGCUUGCCGUACACCCCUGAAACCGGCUACAGCGUCUCGUCUCCGGUGAAGGCAGAAGAGAUUGUGGUUGACGAAACGACAGGGCCGACUCCUUCGCCGUGCGAAGAUCUCCCAGUGGUGGAGGGUGACCAGGGCGGAUCUCCGACUGAAAUAAACCACGAUGUGUGUUUUGGUGUGAUUUUGACGAAAACUGUGUCAUCAAUGGAGUCCCGCAAUGAAAAAAUGACAGCUCUUACCGUGGCCUUACUCGGCAACGUCCUCAAGCUAUCAUUUCAGGACACCGGAAAGUAUGCGGGCCUCAUCACCUCUGAGCCGCUAGGACAGCUCGUGAGAGACUUCUCGGUUUCACUCACAGCACGCAUACACCCGGCCGAGCGCCAACCUGAGAAGAAGUCAAAGAAGGUCGAAAACAAAAACAGGUCAAAGACGAACGUCGACUCUCUAGGAGUGGAAGUCCCCGUUCGAGUUGUCGUCCAUGGCCUCAUGACCGAGAAGGAUGUUGUGGCCCGCUUUCUGUCCGACCAUGACCUUUUUUUCCAACAUCCAUUUCAGGGCGAACUCGACGGUUCCGUCCCGUACUUCAACCCUCACUACCUGCUGCGUCCUGGCGCGGAGAUGCCCGAUCUGGGUCGUCUGUCAUUGCUCUGCGGCUCCACAAAUCGAACGCCAGCAGAGGUGCUCGAUGAUGUGUCCAAGGCCCGUCUGAUGCGUGUGUUUGAUCUGGCCUACGACCCGGGAGAAUCUAUGGAAGCCAAGCCAAGCCCACGGCUCAAGACCACAUUGAAAAGACACCAACUUUCGGCGUUAGCGAUGAUGACGGAGAAGGAAUGUGGCGUCAUCGAUGACGCAAAGUUCCCAACUCUUUGGGAGAAGCUGACUGAGGAUAAUGCAUGCUAUCGGUAUCGGCACCGCAUAACUGGAAGCAAAGAGGACCGUCCAUGGAGGCAGAGUGGUGGACUACUAGCCGACGAAAUGGGCUUGGGAAAAACGUUGAGUGUUUUGGCACUAAUCUGCUGGUCCCUGGAUUCGAGCAACCUGGCGAAGAAUGGGGAUCAAGCUGAGACCGAUGCGCCUCCUUAUGCGACACUUGUUGUGGCUCCAAAGUCAACUCUGCCUGGAUGGCAAGAGCAAAUCAAGCGGCAUGUCCGCAAAGGUCAGCUCAAAACGAGUGUGUUUCACAGCUCAAACAGAGGCAAGAAGUCUUGCAUGAUGCGCCGAAGCGACGUUGUCUUCACCACAUACGAAACCCUGCGGUCAGACUGGCAGGGACAGCGUCUUCUUUAUUCAAAGCCCUGGCUGCGGGUGAUUCUCGAUGAGGCCCAUCACAUACGCACUCGAUCAACACAGGUAUUCCAAGCGGCGUGUGCCAUUAAUGCAGAGUUUCGGUGGUGCCUCACCGGGACUCCCAUCCACAACUCUCUCGACGACUAUGGCGCCCUUGUCAGUUUUAUCGGCGUCCGGCCUUUCUCCAUCAAGUCUGUCUUUGACUCCUGGAUCGUAUCUCCGCUGAAGAGAAAGCAUCCCGGUAGCAUGCGAAACCUCGAAGACCUCGUGAAGGCGACAUGCCUCCGCCGGACGAAAACCCAAGUCGAGGGCCACCUCCCACUCCCACCACGCCUCGACCGGGUCGAGUGGAUUGACCUCAGUCCCCCGGAUAGGGAACUCUACGAAUACUUCAAGGCCAACACAGCAAGUGUUGCAUCAGGGAUGGCGACACAAAGGGGUUACCGAAAGAAGGAAGACAACAUCAUCUGCCUCAUCAACAUCCUACGACGCAUCUGCGGGCAUGGCGAGAUGCUCCUUCCAGAGUCGGCUCUUAGAGCUUGGAGGGAGCGGCAGAACGACUCUAUUGACUGGCAGACGAUGCAGAAAUGGCGUGGGAAGCAGUGUGAUCUUUGCGGACAGGACGCAGCCGCCGGAGACGAAUCAUCUUCAGCUUCGCCAGAUGCACGAUUUCUCUGUCGACAUGUCCUUUGCCCGGAUUGUUCAAUGGAGCGUGAGGAGGAGGAUGAGGAGGAGAGGCGUGACACCACCGCUUGCCCCGUCUGCAGUGCUGGUCCGGUUAAAGCAACAGCUCCAUCAGAGACGCCGGCAGGGGUUGAGCUGCAACGCCGCCCUGUCAUGUCGUCAAACAAGAUCCUGGCGCUAGUACGCAACAUUUGCAAGGAGCAGCGGUCACAAUCAGGAGAUUCCGUCACAAAGAGCGUUAUAUUCAGUUCCUGGACCAAGAUGCUGAAUCUGGCGCAGCAUGCCCUUGAGGAAGCAGGAUUCUCGGUGGCUCGUAUUGACGGCCAGAAGAGUCUCCUGGAACGGGCUCGUGCCAUAUCCAGGUUCGGCGAGGACCCAGGAUGCACGGUCAUGUUGGCCACUAUUGGCAGCGCCGGAGAAGGCAUUGAUUUGACACCUGCCAAUUGUGUCCAUCUGCUCGAGCCACAUUGGAGUCCAAUGGCGGAGGCACAGGCCGUGGAUCGGGUACAUCGCAUCGGACAGAGUCGACCAGUCAAGGCGACACGCUACGUGACCCGUGAAUCUGUCGAGACCUACGUGCAAUGGGUUCAAAAUCAGAAGCUACAACUCAUCAAUCAGUCUUUGGCAGUAGGAAUGGGUGAGGAGACGCAAACGGACAUCGAUGAGCAACGCUGGAGAAAACUGCAAGAGUGCCUGGCUUGUAUCAGAAGCCCUUAG